AUGGCCCCUGAAACGCUUUCAUUAAUAAAGUAUACCGAUAAAGAGGCUAGAGUGAUUUCGAAGAUGAGUCGUGCCUUAAGGAAUUUCAACAUAACAAAAGUGAAUGAUUUGGAAUUAAUCAGCAAUUCAUCGAAACGGCUUGAUAUCACGUUUCAUUUUUUUGGCGUUAAAAGUGAUUCAAAUCGAAUUCGUGAAGCUAUUACAAGAAUGGUUGAACGUGGGCGACUUGGAAAUUUUACAUUAGUAUCAAACUUUCAUUUAUUUGAUGAAAAUCCACCAUUGCAUUUACAAGAAAUUGUAUUAAAUCAAAAAUCACCAAUCCGUGAGAACACUGAAUUCAUAUUAUCAUGUAUAGCACAAGGCUCACCAAAAAUUGAAUUUCGUUGGUAUAAAGACGGUAUUCUGGUGAAUGCUUCAAAGGCAACGCGAGACAUAUGGACUGUUAUCUUACCACCUGAACACGAGAAUCUAUACACAUCAGUAUUGGGUGUCAGUAAAGCGAACCGUUUAGAUGAGGGUACAUACACAUGUAAAGUAAUUGAUUGGGGAGUAGAACAAUGUCAAUCAACGCAUGUUUAUAUUCAAACACCGCCCCAUCUGAUUGUUGAUCCAGCUAGUAUAACUGUGUAUCGAGGUGAUUCAUUGAAUGUACGUUGCCUGUCACCAGCACAUAACUAUAAUAAUCACCGUCAUCAUGGAAGUCUUGGAUAUAGUUGGACACGUAAUGGUGUCCUAUUUCAAUCAGAUCCCAGUACAUCAAUGUGGGAAGAUUUAUAUCCAGAUGGUAGUAUAUUAAAAAUAAAAAAUAUUCAGAAAUCUGCUGAAUACAUGUGUAUUGUUUCGAAUAGUGUUUCACCAGUUUCCAAAAGUGUUUAUAUAACAGUUAUAGAUAAAGGUGUUAUACAAAUGUGUCCUACGGAGCAACGUUAUAAUAUUAAUUGGCAAUCAGCUGCACCUGGAGCUGAAAUUAUUGGAGAAUGCCCACCAAACUAUGAAGGAUAUUCUAAAAGAAUAUGCGAACAAAGAUCUGUAUCGAACUCAACAUGGUUGCAACCAGAUUUCUCUAAUUGUAUACCAAAUCAAUUAAGUAAACUUUUAACUGAGUUUCGAGCUUUAACAUUAGGCUAUCAGAAAACAAAUUGUUCAACAAUUUUGAAAUCGUGCUUAGAAUUCACAAUCAGAAGACAUACAGAUUUUUAUCCAGGUGAAGCAAGUAGCUUAAUGGAUUUGUUACAAGAGGUGGAAAGUUAUUUGAAAAUAAAAGGUACACAUUUGGAAAGAGAAAUGGCAGCAGAGAUUAUAUUACAUAUAUUAGAUAAAGUCAUGCAAAAUGUUGUCUCAUUAAAUAGUCAACAGCAAAUAAAAAAAUUUCAACUGUUAACACAAUCAGCGGCAUUAAAUCGUGAAACAAUAGCAGCUUCACAAUUGGCAACAUCAACAUCUUCAUCAUCAUCAUCGUCACAAUCAUCAUCAAUAAAUAAUGGAAAUAUUGUAUUAAUUCCAAAUUCUGGUGUAUCAUCAUCAUCGCCAACAGGGAUAUCAAUAUCUUCAUCAUCAUCAUCAUUAUCCAAUUCAGGUUCAAUUUCCAGUUCAUCUAAUUUAUCAUCUGAUAUACAACGUAAAAUAUCUUCAGGUUAUAAAUGGUCAUCACCAUCAUCAUCGGUUAAUCAUCAUGAUCAUGAUAAUAAUUCAAUAGCUGACACCGAAUUAACAUUAGAAAGAUUAAAUUCAUUUCGUAUUUAUACAACGUCCAUUAAAACUUUACCAUUUAAUUUAAGAAUAUAUGGAGAUGAUUUAUUUUCCGACCAGUUAUAUUUAGAUAUACGAGCAACAAAAAAUCUUAUGGAAAUUAUGUCAAAUGGAACUGUUUUUGCAUCAGUAAUUUCAUAUAAAAAUUUGACAAAAUUUUUGCCUAGAACGUAUUAUGCUCGUGGAAGCGAUAUGGGUCCAGAUUAUAUGCCAGCCUCACGUAUAAUUGCAACAUGGUUAUUUCAAUCAAAUCGGUCAAAUGAUAAUUAUGUUGAACCAUUAAAUAUACCAUUAGAAUCGGGUCGAGUUGAAAUUAUUUUCCAACAUGAGAAUGUACCAAAGAAUACCGAUUGGCAACCAGUUUGUGGUCAUGAAAUGCGUACAACGUAUGAAUCAACAUGGCGAACUGAUUUGUGUAUAACAAAAAAUUUAAUGGAAAAUAUGACCCGGUGUAUUUGUCCUUUGUCAGGAACAUUUGUGGUAUUGUUGGCAAAGAAGAAUUAUGGUCCAACAUCUAUUGAAAAUCGUACAUCAACACGUCCAAUUUUUGUGAUAAUCAGUUGUGGUUGCUGUUUCCUUCAAUCUUGUACAGCAUUUGCAAUAUUAAUACCAAUAUUAUAUAAUAGAAAGUGUUCCAUAACAUUUUUGAAAAUGCAAUUCUGUACAUCAACAUCAACAGUAAUGGCGAUAUAUUUACUAGGAUUCUUAAAACUUUUACCACAAGACUGGCAUAGCAUAAUUAGUUCAACAUUGGCAUCAUUAAUGAUUUUAGGUCUAUCGACUCUUGUAGCAAUGCUAUUAGUUAUACAAUCAGAAUUAGUACCAAAAAAAUUUCAUAUUGCUGCUGCUGCCGCAGCAUUAUCAUCAACAUCAUCGGCAGCAGCAUCUACAGCAACAACAACAACCAGCAUUAAUAAUCCUUCGACUUUAUUAACUGUUACUGGUGGUGUUGGUGGUACCGGUGGAGGAGGAGGUGGUGGUGGUGGUGGAGGAGGCAAUAGCGGUGGUAUUAGUAGCAGUAUUGGUUGUACUGGAGGGAUUAAUAUUGGUGGUGUUACAAGUUUUAAUAGUAAUAGCGGUGGUGGUAGUAGUAGUACUGCGACAAGUGGUGGUAUACGUGGUGCUAUUGGUAUUAGCUGGUUGUUUCCAAUAUUAUUUGCAAUAUGUUCACCACUUAUAUAUAGUAUUAUUGGUAAAUGGCCAUUAUUCUGGUGGUUAGAAUAUCAUAGUUCGGGUUUUAUAUUAUUUAUCAUUGUUCAAGGAUUAUUAAUUAGUUUAUUUUUAUUACUAUUUAUAACGUUGUUAAAAAAAUUAACCUGGAUAUUAAAAAAACAUGACAAACAUAAUAAUGCUUCAAUAUGGAGAAGGCUUGGACUUUUAUAUCGUACAGGGAUUAUUUUAUUUAUAAGAUUGAGCACGGAUGCACUAUUUUUAAUAUAUUUAAAUACUAAUCAGGGUGUUAUUAUUAGUCAUAUGUUUGGAGUUUGUUGUAUAUUAUUGGGAUUUGCGAUAUUAUUUUGCUUUGUUAUAAAAGCUGAAUUCAAUUUGAGAACAUCUAUGAUGGGUGGUAAUAGCAGUAAUAACAGUAGCGGUAAAGAUCCCCAAGGAACUCAUUUAAAGAAAACAAGUACAAAAACAAGUUUAGAGGACAAUUACGAAUAUUGUUCUGGUUCCAUAAAUAGUCCUCUAAAUUUUUAUUCAAAUGAAAAAGAAAAAGACAACGAAAGUGGUCCUUUACCAUUAACAAUAAUAUCAACAUCAAGAUGUCCUUUAGAAAGAAUUCAACAACAACAGCAGCAGCAACAUCAACAUCAACAACAUUCACAUCAAACAACAAUGACAGGAAUUUGUAAAAAUAUGAAUUCAAAUAGUGGUAGUGCAUUACAACAACCACCGACGUCAACACAAACCUCAUCAUUAAUAACAAUAGAUGGUAAUAAUAUUAAUAAUAGUGGUAUGUUAGUAGGUGCUGGUGAGACAACACAAACAACAACAACAACAACAAUGUCAACUGUAGAAACAUAUUUAGGCAAUGGUAAUACAAUAAUAUUGUCAGCAAGUGCUGCCGCUGCGGCCGCUGCUUCUGCUGUUACGAAUUCAUCUAAUGUUACUGCCACUACAAAUAAUAUUAAGAAUUGUAUUGUUGUUGACAAUAAAAAACAUGAUGGAAUUUGCGACAUAUCUUUACAUGAAAUGGAAAUUCCCUCCAAUAAUGGUUCAUUAAAAACAACCAAAACAACAACUGCUGGAGGAUACCAUCAUCAAAAAUUCACAGAACAUAAUAAUUGUAAUUCAAAACGCUGCUAUUGUGAUCCUAAUAAUAUUGGUAAUCUAAAUACAAAUUGUUGUGUUAAUGAUUGUAUAAGAUUUAAUAGUAAUAAUGAAAUUCUUAUAACAACGGGUGAUGUUGUUAAUACAAGUAAUUUAUAUCAUCGUUAUAUACCAAAUCAGAGUGGUACUACUACUGCAACAUCGGCAAUAGCAGAAAGUCAUGAAUUUGUUGGUGUUGAAACACUUGAUAUUUUACAAGGUGUAUCACCAGAUAGUAUAAUUGGUAUUCGAGCAAGUAAAAUAUUAAGCACAACGUCAUCUUCGACAAACGGGCCUAAUAUUAAUCAUCAACAACAACAAUACUCUCAUAAUCAUCAAGCCUCAUCAUCAUCAUCAUAUGUAGAUUCGACACAUAAUCAAAUAACAUCAUCAUUAAAAAAGCAUUCAACUGACGGCAGUGGAAUUAUGAAUGCAUCAACAACAAUAACAUCUUCAGUUAAAACACAAACACCAAAAUCACAAAAACGUGUAACAAUUGUAGAAGAACCAAAACAGUCAUUAAAUAAUAAUAACAGUAAUAUACCAUCAUCAAUAUUACAACAUCAUCAUUAUAAAGUUCAACAACAACAGCAACAACAUCAAUCAUCAACAAAUUUAAUUUUAGUAACAGGAAUAGGUCCAACAUCAUCAACAUUACCUACAAGUGGUGGUCUAUCUGAAACAACGUCAAAUAUCAUUUCUUUACCACCUAUUAUAACAAUUACCUCAACAUCAUCUAUAGAUGAUAGCAGUAAUAACAGUUGUAGUAAUAGUAAUAUAAAUAGUAGUAAUGCAGAUCCAACAAGUGGAGCAACAACAUAUUCCAAUAAACUAAUAGGAUUAGGAAAAGGAAUUUCGGGAUCAACAUCAGGAACAAUUAUACAACAUCAACAUUCAUCACAAAACUCUUGUAAUAAUAAUAAUAUUAAUAAAUCUAGUACAAACAUUAAUAAUAUUAAUAGUAAUAGUGAUAAUAUAAUUAUUGGUAAUAGUAGUGGUGGUAAUAAUGGUGGCAAUAAUAUUAAUACAACAGAUAAUAUUGAUAUUAUUAACGAUGAUGAUAAUGAUGGUAGCAUGUUAGAUAGAAUAACACACGAUUUAGAUUAUUUAUUAAAUCGUACAACAGAAGUUCCAUCUAUUACAACAAAUAAUUCAACAAUCCGUCGUAUGAGUAGUGGUAGUAGCAGUGCUGGUAGCGCUAGUGGUAGUGAAAUAAUUGUCAUGAUACAAACUGGUGUUAAUUGUCCUAUAAAUAGCGGUAUAAAUAGUGGUAAUAAUGAUGAUGUUAUACCACCUCCACCUUUACCACCAUCUACUUUACCACCAGUUGAAAAUAUACCACCGUCAUCAUCAACAAAUCAACAUUGCCGUAGUAGUAAUAUUAUUCAUCAUGAUGUUAUUAUUGAAGAAUCAGAACAAGAAUAGAAAUUUUUUUAUUUAUAAUUAAGUAUAUUACGAGUAUAAGAUUGCAUAAAUAUAAGACCUAUUUACGUGUAUAUAUAUAUAUAUAUAUAUAUAUAUAUACGUAAAUGCAGUUGGUAUAUUUAUAUACAGACGUAAGUAAUAAAUAUAAACAAUAUACAUUAAUGUAUGUAUAUAACACAGUGUAUGCAUUUUUCCCUUUAUAACUUGUUUAUAGUAAGCCAUGAAAGAGCACCAAAUUUGAAGACAAUUUUUUCUCUUAUUUUUCUAUUAAAUUGUAUAAAAAUUUAAUAGAAAAAGAUUACUUUUGUAUCGAAAUCUAUUAAUUUUCUUCAGUUGCUUAAAUUAUAAAUAUUAAUUGGUAAUAGGAAAUUACAGCAUCGAAUCCUGUUAAAUAUUAAAAUUUGCAACUCUCCACAUAUAAAAUUACAUUACAAUCGUUGAAUUCCUAAGAACAGAUGACCACAUUUCAAGGAUAUGCUGUAUAGGCACGUUAUAUAGUUAUACAUAACAAUAUAAAAAUUUCCUUAUUCUUAGCAUAAAGAAUAAUUUUUUUGGCAUUUUCCAUUAUUAUUUUCAAUUUCAGUCUUUUUAUUUUAAUUGAAAACAAAUUAAACCUAAUUUAAAAUUAAUUUUCAAUUCUUGCUAUGCUGAAUGAAUUUACUUGAGUUUCAAAAGGUUUUACAAAAAUCUAAAAAUUUAUUAUUGCAAACCAAUUUAUACGAAAAAAAAAUAAUUAUAAAAUGUAAAUUUUUACAAAUUAGCUCGUUAAGUUUUUAAAAUAGACACCCCAAAAGUACUUAAAAUCAACUUUUGUUUUUCUCCUAAAAACUUUGCCGAAAAUUUUUUUAAAAUUUUAAAAACAUUUCAUGUACGUCAUAAAAACUGGUAAAUCCUUAAUGCAGAAAAAACAUACAUAGAAAAUAAAAACACUACCAGCAACGAAUAACCUUAAAAAACUUGAAAUUUGUAUGAAAGUUUUUGCAAUAUAAUUUAAAAUUUAAAUACAUACAUACAUAAUAUGCAUAUUUAAAGUUGACUGUAAAAUUAUUUAAAUAAAGAUAAACUUAAUUUAAGCAGGAAAAUGAAAAAAAGGUAAAAUGAAAAAUGAGACUAUUAAAUUAUUAUUGUUAGAAUAAAUUCUAAAUAAAUUUUAUAUAGGAUUAAACAAAAUAUAAAUAUUAUUAAAUAUAAUGGUAAUUAAAAUAGUAUAAACAAGAAAAAUCUGUA